AUGACAGAGCUGGCCGAUUCAACGAAAGGAGCAGAGUUCUUUACCAAGAUAGACCUAAAAAAUGGCUAUAACUUGAUUAGGAUUGCCGCUGGCGAGGAAUGGAAAACAGCUUUUAGAACGAAGUACGGCCACUUCGAAUAUAGGGUGAUGCCUUUUGGCUUAACCAAUGCACCGGCGUCGUUCCAGGUCAUGGUCAAUACCAUAUUCAAGGAUCUUCUAGAUCAAGGCGUAGUAGUCUACUUGGAUGAUAUUCUAAUAUAUUCAAAGACUAAGGAAGAGCAUACGGCUCUUGUGAGGAAGAUAUUGGGGCGACUGCAACAAAACCAUCUAUACGGGAACCUCGAGAAAACGGAAUGGUACAAACAGGAGGUAGAAUUCCUGGGAUUUGUACUAUCAGGGAAAGGGAACCAGGUCUCGCCUAAGAAGGUGAAGGCAAUCAUGGAAUAG